AUGGCGAAGCUGGUGGCGACGGCCAAGGCGCUGACGACGCGGGCCGUGUUCGGCGCGCACGGAGUCGUCGCCAUCUGGCAGGUGACCGUGUUCAAGCGGAACCCGGCCUUCUGGUACCUGUGCACGCCCGUGCUGCUGCUGCUGUUCGAGGCCGUGUUCACGCUCACGGUCAAGGACAGCCAGGAGUGGAAGUGGUUCUGCCCCAGCGUGUUCCUGUACCUGGGCAGCAUCGUGCCGUCCAUCUGGCUGCUGGAGCUGGACAAGCUGGACCGGAGGCUCCAGGCGCGCGCCGCGCCCUUCAACAUCUCCGCCAUCCGCCUGGACGACCUGAAGGGGCUCGACGAGCUGUUCGGGGUGUCGCUGAAGCUGGAGGUGGACGCGGACACGUGGGUGACGCUGAUCGAGCAGUUCCUGAUGCUGGUGCUGAUCGUGGGCCGCUGGAUGCUGCCCAAGGGCGACCUGACGCGCGACCAGCUGUCGCAGCUGCUGCUCGUGUACAUCGGCACCGCCGCCGACAUCAUCGAGUUCUUCGACUCGUUCAAGGACGAGCGGGUGGCGCGCGAGCCGGUGCUCGUGCUGCUCACGCUCGCCAUCUGGACGUGGAGCCUGCUGCAGUUCACGGUCGUGCUGACGGCCACCAAGUCGCGCAAGUCGCGGCUGAGGGCCGCGCGUCGCGGGCGGGGCAGGGCCCGCUGCGCCGAGUGCUGCAGCAUCGACGUGUGGGGCAUCGCGCUCAACAUCCUGCUGCAGGACGCGCCCUUCCUCGUGUUCCGGCUGCUGCUCAUCUGCCACUACCGCAUCAUCAGCUACAUGAACGUGUUCUUCACCUGCAAGAACACGCUCGUCAUCCUGCUGCAGCUGUACCGGCUCUACGUGGUGUACUCUGAGGCGCGCCGCGCUCGGCGGGGGCCGGCCAGGCGCGCCAGGCGUCGCCCCGCUGUCGUCGCCGGCGCCGAGGUCCUCGCGCGCCCGCGCCGCGUCAAGGACCUGCGCAUGAUCUCCUCGCUGAGCGGCGAGCGCAGCCCCAGGUCGGCCGAUGACGUCUUCAGCCCCGACGAGGACCUCGACUGCCUCGAGCUGGCGCCGGCGCAGCGUCGCAAGCAAAGGACCCGGCCAGCGAUGCCGGGCCGCAGGGGACGGCAGGACACGGGCUACUCCACCGCCUCCAGCUCCAAGGAGUCGCCCCGCGUCUUCCUGGCUUUCUCUAUGACAUACAGUUCGAUCUAG